AUGAUGGACAGGGGACAAAUAGAAAACUAUACACUACAAUCACGAUUGGGCUCUGGUGCAUUUGCUCAGGUUUUCAAGGCAAUUCACAAGACCAGUGGAAAUGUAGUGGCCAUCAAGAUGAUUGACGUCUAUCGACUUACAGAGAGAAACUCAAAGCUGAAGGAGAACCUAAACUAUGAAAUCAGGAUCCUAAAGUCUGUCAAUCAUCCCAAUAUUGUCACCCUCUACGAUGUCUUGGAUUCUCCCCCUCCUUCAGAUUCAUACAUUUACAUGAUUAUGGAAUGUUGCGAAGGUGGUGACUUCUCCAAGUAUAUUAGGAAGCACAAGAAGUUGUCAGAGGACAGAGCACUAGACUUGAAACCCCAGAACCUCCUCCUCUCUGACUCUUCUGAUACACCCAUCCUCAAGAUUGCCGACUUUGGCUUUGCCCGCUUCAUAGAUGUUCAGUCUCUUUCUGAUACAUUCUGUGGAUCUCCACUCUACAUGGCCCCAGAAAUACUUCACAGAAAGAACUACACAGUCAAGGCUGACCUAUGGUCGGUAGGAGUCAUCCUCUAUGAAAUGUUAAUUGGCGAACCACCCUACAACUGCAACACAGUGGUAGACCUAUUACACCAGCUGGAAACAACACGCAUCAAGCUCCCUAGCAAUGUGUCAAUUAGCAGGGAAUGUCAAGACCUUCUAUACUCACUGCUUCAAACCAAUGAGGCCAACAGGAUAUCAUGGGAGGACUUCUUUUUGCAUCCAUGGCUAGGUUUCUCACAGAACAUACCAAUUGCACUGUCACCAACCUCAGCUACAAACUACAUCAACUCUGCCUCACCAUUCAUAGACAACAAUGCUCUCUACCAUCACAAUAGUAGUAGCAACAGUGCCACUACUGGAAUAUACUCUCCAUCCAAACCUGACCGUAUAGUUGGACAACAACAACAACAACACAACCAAUUUAAUAUUAAUGAUGGACAACAACAACCAAAGAAGAAUACUACAUCAUCAUCAUCAAUCGACUUUGAAAAGGACUGUGUUAUACUGGACGAUGAGGAAUCUAUCAAUACCCUCGAAAGAAUUGGCAAACGAGCAGUGGCAAUAGCAGAAUUGGGCGACCUUAGACAGUUCGAACCUAGCGAAUGCGUGCCUCUUUAUCUAAAGGCGUUGCUUCUCAUCAAGUCCAGAUUGCAAGGCAGCACACCCAACUUCUCCUUUGGCUCACCAAACCUCUAUCGAUACAACGCAGUCACAGAGAAGCUGCGGGAAUCAUUGCGCGAAUACCUGGACAAGACAUUGAAACAUUACGCUAGAGGUCUCGAGCCUAGUCAAACAUUCUCACCCAACAAGUUCAUCUACGACACUGCGUUGGAGAUGGGCAGGAAUGGAGGAGUGGAGGAGAUGUACAAAGACUAUCCAAAGUCUUUGCAAUACUACACUGAUGGUCUCCUACUACUUGAGUACCUAUUAUCGAUAUCAGUUGACAAGGAGGAUCAAGGUGUUUUGAGCAAAUACAUUAAUUCGUUCAACGAGAGAAUACAGUACUGUACACAAUUGUCAUCUAGGUGA